CUCCACGGGGCAUACCUCGUGGCAUUUAGCGUGUCGUACCAUAUCAAGUGAUCGUGAAACUCUGCUCAAAUUUCUAGAUACUUAUCCACUGUCAUAACGUUGCUAGCUAGGUCACUCCAUCUUUCAGGACCAACAAGAACAUCUCCACAGUUUACAGUCAACCGGAGGCCAGACCCCGAGAUGGCACCGGUCACCACAGGUGUCGAGCAAGAUGAUCUGGUCAUGCCAGUGAUUGACAUGACCAGCUUCUUGAAUGGCUCGGCAAAACAAGAGAUCGGCGCGGCGAUCGCCCAUGCAUUCAAGCAGUCUGGAUUUCUGUAUCUGAAGAACCAUGGAAUCCCUCAAUCUGUCAUUGACACGGCAUUCGAGACAUCGGCCAAGUUCUUCGCCCGACCUCAAGCGCAGAAGGAUGAAUUGGCAUGGACUGAUGCUAAGUCCAAUCGAGGCUAUGUCGCCUCUGGUCGUGAAAAACUUGCUGAUCUUCCUGAAGAUGUCGGCACCCUUCGCGAAUCCAAUCCUGACCUCAAGGAGAACAUGGAGAUUGGUAAGGAGGGAGUUGAGGGCAUGCCGAAUCGAUGGCCAGCGCAUUUCGACGAAGAAGGAGAGAACUUCACUGCCUUCUUCAAGCAAUUCUUCAACAUGGCCCACAAUCUGAACGUUGCCGUCAUGCGUGCCAUUGCACUUGGAAUGGGAAUCCAGGAUGAAUGCUUCUUCGAUGACUACAUCAACAAGACGGACAACAACCUCCGACUGUUGCACUACCCAGCUGUGGCCAAGAGUGUCUUUCAGACCGGCCAGAACCGUGUCCGAGCCGGAGAGCAUUCUGAUUAUGGUUCCAUUACCCUUCUGUUCCAGGACUCAGUCGGGGGUCUCGAGGUCAAGUCGCCCAAGGGCACUUGGGUCCGUGCGACGCCCAUUCCAGGAACAAUCGUGGUGAAUGCAGGUGAUCUGCUCAGUCGAUGGAGCAACGACGAGAUCAAGAGCACCAAGCAUCGCGUGGUGCAGCCACCACCAAGCCCGGAGGACCUGGAAAACGAUCCUAACGGCGUCUUUCCAGCACGAUACUCGAUUGCGUACUUUUGUAUCCCCAACUCAGAGGCAUUCAUUGAGGCUCUGCCCGGCACAUGGGAAGCUUCGGGCAAAAAGUAUCCAGGUGUCUUUUCUGGGCAGUACCAGGUGCAGAGACUGGAGGAGACUUACUGAUGGCGGGAGUCUGGAAUCAACAUGCAAGAAUCAUGUUAUUGUAGAUGAUCGUAGACUGUUUUAAGUUAACAAGCUGACAUCAAUCUUGAAAUUCGAAUAUUGUACGCUUGGCA